UUCGAACUUUUUUUGCUCUUUUUAGCUGUAUUGUGCGGUAGUACGAGGCCUCCCUCCUGGAAGGUACCUCUACUACGUGGUGGCCGCCAACCCCUCAUUCAAAGACGUAGGGGCCAUGUACCUGUGACGUGUUCCAUGGAGGGGUUGAAGUGCCUUGAAGCGCCUCGACUUCGCGCAGCCUCAGCUUUUUACUCGCCCAGGGCAACGUUUCGUCCCCUGCGAUGCCAGCGAUCCAAACGCCGUGCGCCACGCAUCCAAGCAGCAUCAAUCUUGACGUACAUGUUGGCGGGGAAUAUCAAAACUACAGGGAAAUCAUAUGAUCAGACGAUCUGGGCGUGUCAACGUGUACAGGCACACCCAGCAUUCUCCAGUGGGCCGUUUCAACAUCACAAAUAUGGGACAGAACUGUUAUAG